AUGGGAUUUAUCGACAAAUUAAAGACGCAAUAUGAUUUACAUCAAGUUAAUCGAUACACCAAAAGAAGAGAGGCACAAUCUGAUUUUGAAUUCAAGGACAAGGAUUACUAUCGAGCUACAUACAAAGAUGGUGUUUAUUCAACCAGGGACAAUUCACCAUCCUUCUCUCGUAGAUCCUCUUCCUCCUCACGUAGAUCUGUUGCAUCUUGGUUUGCAGUGCCUGAAUUAAUCAAAAAGACGACACAAAAGAAGAGAAGAUCGCUGGCUACUGAACAAAACAAGACAUCCGAGUCAUAUACAUUGGGUGUAUGA